ACCGUUGAAAUGUUGUGAACGCUGUUGCAUUGUGGGACACAUGAUUGACGCGGCGGCCAUUUUCCCGCUGGACGCUGCUUCCCAUUGUGGAUACGAAGAAGAAAAUAGAGACAAGCGAAACAUUUCUCACCACUUCUACUCACUUUCUCUCUAGGUGAUCUGUCGUAGCCAUGGCCCGUACCAAGCAGACUGCCCGUAAGUCCACUGGAGGUAAAGCUCCACGUAAGCAGCUGGCCACAAAGGCUGCUCGUAAGAGUGCCCCUUCUACUGGAGGUGUCAAGAAGCCCCAUCGUUACAGGCCUGGUACUGUGGCUCUGCGUGAGAUCCGUCGUUAUCAGAAGUCCACUGAGCUUCUGAUCCGCAAGCUGCCCUUCCAGCGUCUGGUGAGAGAAAUCGCUCAGGACUUCAAGACCGACCUGCGUUUCCAGAGCGCCGCCAUCGGAGCUCUGCAGGAGGCCAGUGAGGCCUACCUGGUGGGUCUGUUUGAGGACACCAACCUGUGCGCCAUCCACGCCAAGCGUGUCACCAUCAUGCCCAAAGACAUCCAGCUGGCACGUCGUAUCCGCGGGGAGCGCGCCUAAACGCACUCUCCUCCUCUUGGUCUUUCUCCUUUUCACUUCUUCCUGUCCUUCCUUCACCAUCCUGUCUCUCCGUCCCUCCGCCCCUCACCGGCCCUCCCCCUCUCCCUGUGUUAGUAGUGUGUAGAGGAAAACUGAUUAUAUUAUAAUUAAAGUGUAUAGUCGUGUUUUUCUUAGUGCUCUCAGCAGCAGACUUCUAGGGUACUCUCUUUUUGUGCAUGUACCAACUCUUUGGUGAUGAGAUCUCCUCAAGCACACAUUUCCUUGUUUGCACUGUUUCUAACUGGCUGUGUGAGGGAUAAUUAUUGGAGAAAGUAAGGAACAACAUGGACUAGAGCAAUGCAAAUUUGGGAGGGACAACCAGGAGGCGAGGAUGGGUAUUUUUCUGCUGGGGGGGACAGUGGUCUCCUUACUGCAGCAGGGUGCUAGAAGAACUUGCCUGGUCCUCUUCUCCUGCGUCCUGUCCUCUGCCAGCCUCGGCUCAGAAACCAGCAGAAACAUCGUUUGUAUCUGCUCGUGAAAGCCGCGGCUGGACUCUGUGUCCCUGUAUGUGUCUGCAUGAGUGUUGCUCUGAUCACCACAGCAAAUUGUAUACAAUCCAUCAGCGUCUUUGGAGAAGUUCAUUUCUGAUUACUAUAUAGAUCAUUGCUGUUCUUCAUCUUGUUAGCUUUUUUUUCCUUCCAAAUAAGUCUCACGCACAGGAUUUUUUUUAAAACUUCAAACUAUUUGUGGAUGACACAGAGACGGGGGAUGAAUCAGACUAAAACGCAGAGAACAAAAACAAAAAAAAGCAGAUUUGAAGUAUUUUUUUCUACUGAAAUGUGAUGCUACUGACUCAUUCUGACACCAAAGUUUGAUCCUCUUGUAGAUGCUCGUUUCCUAACAGACUGAUGACUUUAACCUCACCUGUUUUUGUGGUGUUUAAAUUGGUUUCAUCAAAUUAAAGCCAAAGCUUGAGAGCUCAAGAAUGGUGUCAGAGAUACUUUUUUAGCAGUGGCUCGUUUUUUAAUAAAGGACCUUUUUAUAGCAAAGGUUCAACGAGGUUUGUAAUGUUCUCUAAAACCAAAAGUUCUCAAAAUGUCAAAAUGUUGUUUUUUUUUAAAAAAAAACCACAGUAACUAAAAUGUGAAAAUGUAUUCUAAAUCAGUGUUACAUGACUAAUAAUACUAGUCGUGUUUUCUGUAUACGUCCCCCCUGUGCUUCUAUUUUUUCUCUCAAACAGUUGAUCAUCUGUGUACCGUUUCUCAGGUUGACUUGUCACCCUUUUAACUUAAUUUUUAUUUUUUUGCUCAAUUUGAUUUUCUUUUUCUUUGUUUUUUUUGGAAAUGUUGAGGAUAAUGUUUCAAUUAAACAAUGUUUGUAAUUUCCAGAUUUGUCAUAUAAGGUGGUAAUAAAUGGAUGUUACACACA